AUGCGGCCAAAUUGUGACCGCUCAGGCGUCGGCGGCAGUCGACAACGACAAGCCGGCCUCUCCUGUAUUACAACUAUUGCAAAAUCACCCAUCACUCAAAGUUCGGAUGGAACUUAUUGCGGUUACGGCACUGGUGAAGAUCAAGCAAAUGUUCUCCGAGAGGAGCUGGAACGACAUAAGUCCGAGGGUGAAGAUAAAUUUGGACGAACCACUUUUCAGCCAGUGGACACCGCGACUCAGGAACAGCUAGAGGAGUUCUUUGAGGAUACCAACUACUUUACGUUGAAUCCCAAGAAACGGUGGAACGGCAUUCCGGAGGUGCCACUGUCCGAAAAAACAGUCUACAAUCCUUACGUGAACAUUAUCAUUGGAAUUCUGUCGUAUUUCGAAGUUGCCGCACGCCAGAUGGUCCCACCUGCGGCGACGCUUGGCCCUGUCGAAGGGGCGGAAGGUAUGACACUGAAUCUGUCCCCCGAGGCACUUAUCCUGGGAACUGGCUUUGCCGAAGGAACCACACCCCAUGACACGCUUGUCACAAAGCUCGACGAUAACAAAGGGGCCGGCAAUACUACAUUGGACACGUCUGACGUACUCAUUUCGGAAUCUAGUGCCGUGGAAGACACCACACCCCAGCCGGUUCAUGACACACAUGCAACGAAACUUGGUCACAUCGAAGGGGUUGACAAUACGACUGUGAAAACAUCUCCGGACAUACUUUUUUUGGGAUCUGGUGACGGUUUUUGGCCAGACAACAAACUGGUUCAAGCAUCGAAACUGUCAUCAAAAUCUUCAUUAAAAUCAACUUAUAGAAGCUGCGCCAGCCCCCUCGAAAUCAAAACCGAGAAUAAUUGUGCGUUUUGGGAUAACCUCGUUCAAAUUGCUGUAUACGCUCGACAAUGCUUUAUUCAGCAGGAGAAUCGGUUUUUCGUUUAUUCUGCCAUCCUGACCGAAACCUUCAUCCAACUCUUCCAAUUUGAUCGCGCCGGUGUAAUGUACUCAAAAAGAAUCAACAUCCAUCAACAUCCUCGCUAUUUUAUUCGCAUUAUCCUCGCCCUCGCAUCCCCAGACCCCGAAGCCCUUGGGUUGGAUACAAGCAUACAGUGGUAUGACGGCAAGCGAUACCUGACUAUGCCGACACGCGCAGAGAAUGAGCUUGUACGUUAUGAGAUUGAAAAUCAUAAGGCAUGCUUCCUUCGUCGCGCCAUCCGUGGUCGAGGAACCCGCUGCUGGAAUGUCAUCGAUCCCAAAACAGGUGACAAAUACCUGGCUAAGGAUUGCUGGCGGUCCGUUGACCGUACUCCCGAGUGGGAGCUUCUGGAAAUGGCCAAAGGACUAGAAGGCGUGGGGCAGAUGAUCGGUUACUGGGAGCCGGAGAUGACCAUCAGCUCUUUGAGGGGUAUCGAUCGCAAUACUCCCAAUUUCCGAGACCGAACUUUCUGCCGAGUCUUGCUAGAGAGAUAUGGCAAGCCUAUCCACCAAUUUGACAACAAAAAGCAGCUUCUCUCUGCUUUCCGGGAUGCUAUCGCUGGGCAUCGGAACCUAUGGAACAAAGGCAUGCUCCAUCGGGAUAUAAGCAUUAAUAACAUUCUCAUAGGUAAGGAAAAUGCGCCAGUUGGUAGUCGAGGCGUGGUCAUCGACCUUGAUAUGGCGAUCCUACUCAAUCGGGAAGGUAGCCUUGCCGGCGUCGACUUCAGGACGGGUACCCGUAUAUUCCAAACCAUUAUGGUAUUCCAAAGUCAAAUGAAACAAAAGCCGGGCACUAUAUUCCCCGCCCACGACUAUCUCGAUGACCUGGAGUCUUGCUUUUACGUUCCAUGUUGGAUCUGGUUUGCCUACGACGGACCAGGGUUACUGGUACACCCACAACCAAGGUUUCUGUGUUUCUGGGGGGAAUUAAACCCGGCGAUGGCAAGCAAUUCCAAAUUCGUGUUUUUUUCACAAAUUUGUGCUUCCUGA